AUGCAUCUGAGGUACAAUGUCGCGCAGUCUCUCGAUGGGUUCAUCGCCCCGCGAGACGAAUCUACCUCUUGGAUUGUCGAGGACGAAUCCAUCGAUUUCGACGCACUUCACGAAAGCUUCGACUACUAUAUCAUGGGCCGCCGGACGUGGGACAUUAUGUGCACCCUCGAGCCAAAUCCGUGCCUCAAGAAACUGCCAGGCGCGGUCAUUGUGAUCAGUCGCACUCUCAGGCAGCAAGACCACCCAAACAUCACGAUCUUGAGGGAUGGGUAUAUCGAUGUAAUCCGACAGCUGAAGAAGAGGCACGGGAAAGGGAUAUGGCUCAUGGGAGGGGGCUGGCUUGCUGCGGAAUGUCUAGAGGCUAAGCUUUUGGACGCAGUUGACGUGGCCGUAAUGCCCGUGUUGUUGGGGGAUGGGUUCAAGAUGGUAGAAGGGGGUCUGAGCGGAUCCUGCUACAAAUUGGAGCUGCAGAGCUUGGACAGGCUGUAUAGCUCAGGGAUCCUGAUGACCAAGUAUCAAGUAGUCUAUGAGUAG